ACACCACAGAUCCCGAAAUAAACAAAAAUGAGAAAAGAAAAAUAAUUGAACAUCAAAUUAAAUCAUCAUAUGAAACAUUGCCAGAUGUGCCGAGAUUUACACAAGAAGUAAUUAUACCUUCCUCAAAAGCUGAUGAACCGAAGGAUAAUAAAGGAAAAAAAAAAGCAAGGAAGAAAAUUACAAGAAGAAGUGUCAGACCAUCAACCAAAAAUUAAAAAAGUAAAAACUUCUGCACUGGAUACUCGGACGGAAAGCGAAUUCAGUCAUUUAUUAUUCUACCAUGAUGACGAAAGCAGCAGUGACCUGAGUGACGGAAAAUCAAGUAACAACCGUGAAAAAACAGCAAUAGACAAUGCCGAUCUUACAUUUUUGGAUGGAUUACCUUCUACAUCAACAGCCAAUUUACGAAACUCGAGUAGCAACCGUAAAAAGACUGCAAUAGACACUGCUGAUCGAAUAUUUGUGGAUAAUUCAGCUUCUACCUCAACAGGCAAUUUACAAAAAGGGAAUAAAAAUAAUAUUAAAAACAAGAAUCUAUUGAAGGACGAUAACAAUUCAAAGUAUCAAUUUAUCCUAAAGGAUUUAGUUCUAAUAAAAAAUAAAGUGGAAAAAAUAGCUGACGAUAUAACAGUGAUAAAGGCCAUUCUUCAAUCGAAUAAAGCUGCAAUGUACUCGGGCCAAAAAAGUUUUGAAGAAGAUUUUAAAUUGCAAUUGCCUUUUACAACAUUCGAAGAUUUUUCUAAGUUCUCCGAAACUUUGUCAACAAACGAAGAAUGUUGUAAUCGAUUCAAAGCUUUUAUUGAUUACUUAUCGAUUAAUACAGAUGAUGGAAUUAGAAGAUCAUUGACUAUAAUUAUAAAAAAAUUUUUCUCAAGAGAAUUAGUUGGUUCAUUUACGGCAGCAAAAAAAAUGCCAAACAAACAUUUAUUCAAGGAUUUUGAAUUUUGUAAAAAAUUAUUAGAAGUUUAUGUUAUAAAGUUUUCUACUGCUGAGGAUAAUGUACUUUCUCACAUCGGGGCCGUUUUUAGCAAUUCAAAAGACUGGGACGGACAACGAAAGACAAGAUAAAACCAGUUUCAGAAGUUUUAUUAUCAGUAUUAUAAUAAUUCAUCUUCUUACAAGAUUCUUAUAAUUUUAUAUUUGCUAUUUAAUUUUCUAUUUAAAAAGUUGUCUAAUCUAUUAGUAAAAAAUGUUUAUAAAACUGUUAUCAU